UUAAUUUUAUUCCACUUAUGUAUCGUAUAUAAAGAGUCAGAAACCAAAUGGAAAAUCAUACUACGAUUCUGUUGCUUGAAGAGAAUCAAGAUGGGUUUUAAAGUUGUUCUCGUUCUUGGAGUUUUAGCCCUAAUAAGCGGGUGUACCGCUGGGGUAAUAUCAGAAGAAGCUGCAAAGGAUAGUGUUCCAAUAUCACCCCCCAAACCUUCUGGGUUAUUAAAAGAGGCUUGGGUAGCAGCCUCUCAAAAUAUGGAUAGCGAAAUGUUAAGCAAUGUUCUAUCUUCAGUACAACUCGCUGUUGAGUCGCCGAAUGAACGCCCAGUUUCCGUUAUACACAGUAAUUUGAAAACGUUAUAUCCAGAUCAGCGUUUUAAUAUUCUUGAAUACAUGCAAUUUAUAAUACAUGGUUCUUUUUAUGCUGCAAUUGAUGCAUAUGAUCAGGACGGAAACUACCGUCGUUUCGUAAUCUUUGACUAGUAACUUUUUAAAAAUGAUUAAUAUAGUUUUAAGUUACUUUGUUAUAUACUAAUGUCAAUAAUUUUGGUAUUAUUUUAUAUUCUAAUACAUCACGUCCAUUUGUUCGAGUUGUACCACUAAAAAUAAAUUAUUCAAAAAC